AUGUCAGACCAAGGAGUCGGUCCAAUUAUAAGAUCUGUGGAGCUCGCAUGGAGAUAUCCAGUUCGAUUCCCUGAUACUAUCACAGUAGUACAUAAGCUGGAGCCAGUAACUGAGAAGGAUAGAUUCAUUCUCAAGGGAGUAGUAGUGAGUCACAAGGCCAAGAAAGUGGCUGCCAGAAUCUCUGAGACCAUUGUGACAGUAGACUAUAGCAAGGGUGGAACUAAGGCUCCGAUUCCAGAAUAUAUUUUAAAAGUGUUUGACAAGAUUCUUGUUCGUCAGAAAGAAGAAGCUCCAAACCUCGCUUCUCAGUGA